AGACGAUAUACGUACAAGACCGAAAUAACCGAGUCGAAACUUCUACCACUAGGUUGUCAUGCAGGCUCUUGUCCCCAGCUCGAGUAGAUUAACACCAGGGUUUAAGAAUUUGUUUCAAUGUGAGUGCAUUUUCUGCCAGGCAGCCAAGCACAGAUCAUCAAAGAGAAGAGUUGGUUGUCUGCAGCAACUCAGGGACACAACCAAAUCUGAGGAAGUAAUUGAGUCUAUCACGCGCAUGUUAUCUUUCGCAGAGGGAAGCCGUCGUGGAGGUUUUCUCUUCAUCACCAUGUUUCUUAAAGCAUAACCAAGCCAUGCCAUCAUCUAAACGCAAUCCGCUUCCCAACACACGUACUCCAGUCUACAUCGACAUUUGGCCGGAGUCCAGCUCAUGGUCGAGCAGCUCGAGCUCAUCCUCAUGUUUACAUACACCGCCAUCUUCUCUAUCAAAGUCGCCCCAAGUUGUCACUACGCUUCACCCUUCCAUGAACAUGCCGCGUCGCAUAAGGGAUAUUGAUCCCACAGUAACCUUCGUCUCGCCCUCUGUCGUCUUUGCCAAGUCAUCCUAUAUAAUUGUAUUGGAUGGUGCGCCAAUACACAGCGAGGACACGAAGCUCGAAUGCAUUGGACCAUAUUUUGCCGGUUCUAUAAUCCCGCCUGGUGACGGUCCAUUGCUCUACAGCACAACCCUAGUUCCCAAGUUCUGGGAAAUCUUGUGCAGAUCUCCAGAUCCCACUAUGUACACCAUCAUUCAGGAUGUGUACCGUCGAGAUCCAGCACCCCUUGGAAGGUCCUCGGGUCGUCCGCGCCCUGUUCUUAUCUUCUCUGCUCAAUACCACUUCCGGUACUCAGUCCAUGCGUGCACGCCCCCAUCUUCCAUGACACCAUACACCGCGUAUCAUGCUAAUUCGCCUUUCAUCGCGAACGUUAAUUGUGCUCAUCCCGAUUCACUCGAGCCCAACUGUCCGUGCAAUCGCCAUCGGAUGCCCUUGAGUCAAGACAGCCCCCAGUUGCAUGAAGACAACAUGCAAAGCCAACUGUAUAAACAAUGCAUACCAGACGUCAGCCUAGGGGACUUUUCCCCCAUUAACUCCAUGAUCGAUAACCAUGACUCGUCUGCUGCUAAAUCCGAAGAGAUGAUGACACAGUCGUCAUUCUCAAGCUUCCCAAAUGACAUCCGUAAUUAUAUAUAGGAAAGUAGCACGCAUAUAACAGCGAUAUUACUUUUUUUUUCUAAUUUAUGUUCAUGUGAUAUUACUUACUGCGUGUAUGCUGACAUUCUAUAUAUAGAGUCCUCCGGUAUUGUUGCAUGCAGUCAAACUGAGUUUCUGCCCUGUAGAUCCCA